AUGCUGGUUUGGGUGCCAGUGGACCUGCCGCCCGAAUCGCCCGGGCCCGUACAGCUUCGACAGGCGUCGAAAGCGCAGCGCAGCCGAACAGAGGUUUUCAUGGUGUUGAACCGCAACAAGAUCUCGAUGGAGGAAGAGAAGGCAAGAGCGAGAGCACGAUAUGCGGAGUGGAUUCGUGAGCACCUAGCGGAGCUUGGACCGGAGAAAGAUCUGAUCGACCUCCACUACGAGGCUCUCGAACAGAUCCGCGACAUCACACUGCGGGCUCUCUUCGUGCAGCGUCUCAGGUAUUGGAUCAAGGAGCACCGCGAAGUCGAUCGCAGGCGUUUCGGCCGUACAGCCCCACGUGCGACUGAGGUGAGAGGGGACGUGGCUUGGGCACAACGCAUGGUCAAGCGCCAGGAUCAGGGACCCAGUCGAGACUUCUGCGAUGGCACCCCCGAAUGCAACCUAGCUGCGUUGCACCAGGUCAUCGCAGAAGCACAGGCCAUGUCCAACCAGGGAGUGGCCACGGAAGCGAUCAUGGCCGAUGCGGGCGGCUACGUCAUGACGGCAAAUCUGUCCGGAUCAUCGAGCUUUCCCUGCAUAGGAGCGACGGCUUCGUACCUCUGGAUUGGACAGGUGCAGACCUGCUGUCGCUUCGUGCGCGGCUGGAUUGCCUACGAUCCCGUGGGAAAUACGACCGACGUCAUUGAGUACCAGCGGAAGCAGAAUCUGCGCAACCUCCGGCUCCAUGCGACCGUGAAGCAAUUCAAUCGCGUGUGGAAAGAAGGGACUAAGAGGUUAGACGACAUCAUAGAGGAUCUAGAGGGGCAGCCGUCGGAGGAGGCCCAGGCCAAUGACGAGUUCGGCAAGCCAACGACCUGGAGCUUCAAGCCGGAGACGAAGACCGCGGAGUGGCUUCAGGAGGAGCUCACAGCAAUCGAGCUCUGGGCACGGCGAGAGGACCUGCCAAAGGGCAGGCCUCUGGAGUUCAACCUGGAACUGACGAAAGAUUUCUUCUGGCGGCAUCCAAUGAAAUGCGGGAAGACAGUGCUGGCAUCCGAUGCCACCUGCCAAUGUAAGAAAAAGGUCAAGACGAUGGGGAGCAUGAUGUCCGCGGAGGAGGAGAACAUUGGCAGGACUUCUGGCCAGAUGAGUGAGGCAGAAAGCAGUCAUAUCGACUUUCUUCUCGAGUGCUUCGUCCCGAGUGCGGUCAGCCAGCUACGCAGCGAAACCGCCAUUAACAGACUGAGCUGCCUUCAAUUGGAGGACCGGAUGGCCCUGACGUUGGAACGGAACUUCAUAUCGCUUGCGAGCGCCUACGCGCGGGUUCUUCAGUCCGUUCCGGUCCUCAAAGUCUUGACUCUCAUGGGCAUAUUUCGUGGCGGGCGGCACGGAAGGCUGGCGGAGCUGGUGGCAUCCUUUCUCGUGGAGCCGCUCACACUUCCGACUCGCGUGCCGCCCAUCUUGCUGGAGCCACUUCCCGUGGCCGUGCCGUCCGAGCGACUCCUUCUUCCUCCGCUACCCGCCGCCAACGAGCUGGUGCAGCUUUGGUACGCAGUGCAGGCGGCACGCCGGCUGAACGCGACGCGCCGACAGAUGCUCCUGGAGAUGUGGCGUCGCGUUGCCGGGUUCGAAAAUGCAGAGGGAGCCUUGCUGCUGCAGCUGGGAGUCCUCUGA